AUGAAGAGGGAAACAUCUUCCCUGAAGAAAGAGAUCAAAUCUCUUGAAUCAAGGAUGAAAAAACUGGAGGAUCAGGCCGAGGCGGCUACUAAGGCCCAGCAGAUGGUCGAAGAGAAAGUGGAGUCUGCUGAGGCUAUCCGAAAAGUAGCUGAAGCUGAGAAGAACGAGGCCGAAGUAAAAAAGGCCCAGGCUGAGAAGGAGCUCCAGCAGGCUUUGGCCACCAAGGAGGCCGAAGUCAAAGAGGCUGAUGAAAAGGCCUAUGCCCAGGGUAUGGCCGAUGUCACAGAGGAUUAUAAACUUCAAGUCAGGCAGGUUGAAGACGAGUCAGAGCUUGAGGCUGAUGCCAAGGAUGAGGAUAAAGAGAACAAUGAUGAUGAGGCCUUGGUGAGAAAACCCAAGGAUGCUGCUGAAGCUAAGUCCCCUCCUCCUGCUGAGCAAGUGAUGGAUUUAACCUUGGAUGAGAAGGGUGAUGAGGUUGGGGAGGCACCCAAGGAAAUUGCCAUCGGGCAACUAUCAUCCAACCUUCUUUUGGCUGAAAGAAAUCUGGACAACACGCUGGCUGAGAUUGAUGCUGAGAUUGAAGCAGAAAAGGUUGCCGAGGAGGUUCCACCAGAAUCGUCCGAGGUCCCAGUCCCUGCAGCUGCUAAUACUGAAGAGUCUUGA